UGGGGGGCUUUGAACAGGCUGGGAUUCCAGAGUGGGAUUCCAGAGUGGGGUUGUUGUUAUCCCUGACAGCAAAUAUCCAAGGUACACAAAUCCCUCUGGCCAUGGGGGGCUUUGAACAGCCUGGGAUUCCAGAGUGGGAUUCCAGAGUGGGAUUGUUGUUAUCCCUGACAGCAAAUAAAUGAGGUACACAAAUCCCUCAGGCCAGGGAGGGCUUUGAACAGGCUGGGAUUCCAGAGUGGGAUUCCAGAGUGGGGUUGUUGUUAUCCCUGACAGCAAAUAUCCGAGGUACACAAAUCCCUCUGGCCAUGGGGAGCUUUGAGCAGGGCCUGGCAUUAACUGCAGGGGUUAACAUGGGAAUUUGCCAAGAGAAUUCAGCGUUCCCAGGGCUUUCUUCUGAAGGGAACAUUUUGAAUAACCUGGAAAAUCCCAGCCUGUAGGUGCAACUGCUCUUUGAAAUGACUUCUGCUUGAAUGAGUUAGUAGAAUGAGGGGAAGAGAACAUUCUCUUAGGCUGUGGAAUUAUCAGUUGCACAGACCCAAGUGCCUGACAUUUCUCCUCUCCAGUGGCUUCCUACAGAACUCUGAGCACAGGGAGAUUGACUUCUCACGUGAAGGGCUUAGUUCACCUGAUUUUUAACAGAUUACCUCUAUCCUGUGUUUAUACGAACAGAAGCAAAAUGUUCCUUUUGCAGGCAGAGGGGUUUGUCUGUUAAUCUCCAUGGGAGCCCUGAUGGAUGUGCCAAUGCCUCUCUCUCAGCUUGUGUACCUCACCUUUCUGUCUGCAGCUGUUUGCAGCCUGCCUGAAAGAAUUUCGGAAGGGCUUCCAUACAACCCGCGGAUGGACUCCUAUAACUUCCAGCACGUUUUGUCCUGGCAGGCAGAGCGUGACCCAGCAGUGCCAGCGUCCUACAACGUGCUGUACAGAGACCGCAGGAGUCAGAACUGGAUGAGUGCUGAGCAGUGUUCGGGCAUUGCCCAGCUCUCCUGUGAGCUGACAGAGGAGUUCAAGGACACUUCCACUAUGUAUGCUGUCCUUGUUCAGGGCACUGCAGGAGCUCAGGUGCUCAAUUCCUCCGUGCUGUAUUUUGAGCCAUUCACUCAGACAAUUCUGGGACCACCAGAGGUGAAUAUCACUUCCUGUCCAAACUGCAUCAACGUCACCAUAAAGCUGCCAACCUCUCACUUCAGAGAGAAGGGAAAGGUGCUGUCUUUAAUUGAUAUCUAUGAAGAGCUGUAUUAUGAUAUCACACUGAAAUCACUGGAUGGAGAGCAUAAGAGGCCACGGCAGAAAACCGCUGAAGAGGUGUUCAGUACUGUCAUUGAAGAGUUGUAUCCCAGCAGGAAUUACUGCGUGUCUGUGGCGGUCACUGCAUCCCUGAACAAGCAUUUCAUCCCCUCCCCCUGGAAAUGUGCCACUGCAGACUCGGAGGCUCGACUAGGGUACCACGAAGCUGCAGUGGCAGGUGCUCUCUGUGUUGCACUGAUAAUUGCUGCAGUGGUGAAGUGUGUGCAUGCAGCGGGUUUUAUUCUGCCGAGGAUUUCCCUUCCUCACACCUUGGCUUGCAUCAGGAAGCUGGCCUACUCACCUUGGGUGUCAGAGUCAGAAGAAGUGGCCCCGGUGGAGAUCGUCCCCAGAGAGGUGAAAAGCAAGGCCAGGGGGUGCAGAGGCAGCGCCAGUGACGACAGCGACAGCGACAGCAGCGACGGCAGUGCCCCGUGUGACCACGACUACGCCAGGCGUGGGGCGCCGGGCAGGGGCAGCGUCCCCCGGGGCUGGGGCAGCCCCGGCUCGGCGCCGCAGUACUCGGUGAGCAGCAGCUCCCAGCACAGCGGCGGCCAGGCCGGGGACGUGCCGCCCGCCGAGCCGCAGCAGCGCCCGGAGCACCCUGAAGGACGCGGGGACAGCAGCGGCGAGUCGCUGAGCCCUUUCUCUGAGGGCGGCUGUAACUCGCGGGGCGGCAGCGAGUGCUUCACCAUCAACUUACACACGGUGCUGCUGGGAACCCUGGAGCAGGACGGGCACGGCGCUGCGGCUGCUCCCCCGGCCCAGGAGGAUGCAGCCGGCUGGGACUGUGCUCGUGCUCUGGAAGCAAAGCUGCUGGAGGGCACGGGAAGCGUGCAGGAAGCACCUUGUUCUAAUGACUUCCACGAAUGGCAAAACUCCUCCUCUUCUUCCGAGGAAAGCGACGCUUCGGACUCGGACACAGAGCUCGUAACAGGGUACAUGAGGAGAUGAAGAAGGGAGAGCUGCUUUUACUUUAUAACAUAGGAACCAGUGUUGUCCGACUUUUAUUUCUGGACUGAGCACACAGAUCUUGUCCUUUCAUUAACAUCCUGUGAGCAUGGGGGUGUUUGGAGAAGGAUCCAAAGAGAUCUCAGAGCUCCUUCCUGUGCCUAAAGGGGCUCCAAAAGAGGGGCUUUGGACAAGGGAGGAGGGACAGGACACAGGGAAUGGCUUCAAACUGCCAGAGGGCAGGGUUAGAUGGGAGAUUGGGAAUCAGGAAUUGUUCCCUGGCAGGGUGCUGAGGCCCUGGCACAGGGUGCCCAGAGCAGCUGUGGCUGCCCCUGGAUCCCUGGCAGUGCCCAAGGCCAGGUUGGACACUGGGGCUUGGAGCAGCCUGGGACAGUGGAAGGCUGGUCUCUCAACCAGACCGCUUUUUCUGGGUUUUUUUAUUCUUUAUGUCUGUCAACGUAUUUUUGUGAAACCUGUGCUGCUGGCUGGAUGCUGUAUCUGUGCAGAGAAAGCUGAUCAAGUGGAAUAAUGGGAGCAGAGACAGGAAUACUCAGCUGACGAAAGAGCAGACCGAGGGGCAUUAAUACACUCUUUUGACUUUAUUUUUAUAUAUUUUUGUACAGUUAACGACUCACAAUAAAAUAUUUUUUAUG